CGGUUCUGUUCGAGAAUUUACAGUAGCGCAUGGAGACCAUCCGAUCAAGCAAUACAUUGCUUUCAAUCAUGAAACAACAGAGACAAGUAUGAAGAGAAUUAUUUUUAGUGAACGCUCUGUUUCUGGCGCCGAACAAGUGAGAUUUGAUGCUACGUGGCCCUUAAGGAUGUUUUGUAAUUUUAUUUAUAUAUUUCCAAGGUAUUUGCAUGAAUCUGCCUGAUCUAACGAUAUGUAGCGACGAAACCUGGCACCUGUUGGUUGCGGUUACAAUCUAAAAUGUUUUAAAAUACAACAGAAUAUAGCUUCACUAGGCCUUUUGUUUUCUUUGUGUCUCCUGUAUCACCAACAGAUCAGACGAGCAGGUGCAAUGCCCUUUGGAGUGGAAAUGAGCAAAUGAUAUUAUACUCACGAUGUUGGCGCGAGAUGGUUUUGUAUUAUGAAUGGUAUCAAGUACUACUAGUGCUAUAGUACUAGUGUUGUAUUUAAAGGGCCAAAUAUAGAGAGAACAAUAAUUUACUGUCAUUAAAUGCUGGCACACCGAAUACUGCUUCGCAAAAACAGGUAACUUAAAUCGAAUAUAGUCUUCUCGUGGCCUUGUUUCUCAUGUGUUCUAUUUACACGUCAGGGUUUUAAAGAAACUGUGGAUUUUAGUUCUUUUUUCGCGGUGAGAGAUUAGGUGGAUCUCGUGCAGAAAUCAAUAACUAUCCGUAUCGGAAUAAAUAAAUCACUCGUCGCGCGCACUGUUUUAAGCAGCCUGUUUGAUAUGAAGGCAAAAACAUGGCUUCUUGUGCUGUGCUGGAAUAUUCGUCCCACGACUGAGGGCAACUGAGACGUGCAGCUUCACAGCAGAGGGUAAUCGCCGCUGAAUUCCGCGUUUCCAAUGGCGUUCAUGUCGAGAUUCUCAAGGUCCCGGAGCAGCUCCAGAUCCCCCAGCCGGAGAGAUUCGGAGCGUGGUUCCCCCGUACUGACCGUAGCUGAGCUCGAGCGGCUGCUCUACACUGGGAAAACCGCCUGCAACCACGCAGAUGAAGUGUGGCCAGGCCUCUAUAUUGGCGAUCAAGACAUAGCAGCAGACCGUCGCGAACUGGUAAAGCUCGGCAUUACGCACAUCUUGAACUGUGCGCACAGCAAGUGGCGAAGCGGUGCGGAGUACUACGAGGGUAUGAACAUCACCUACCAAGGCAUAGAGGCACACGACUCGCCUACCUUCGACAUGAGCGUCAACUUCUACCCGGCAGCCGAAUUCAUCCACAAAGCGCUCAGCAGUGGAGGAAAGAUCCUGGUGCACUGCGCCGUGGGAGUGAGUCGAUCGGCCACCCUGGUGCUGGCCUACCUGAUGAUCCGACAGAAAAUGACCCUGGUGGAGGCCAUUAGAACAGUGAAGGACCAUCGCGGGGUCAUCCCCAACCGUGGCUUCCUGCGCCAGCUCAACGGGCUGGACAGCAUCCUCCGUGACAGCCGGAAGACCUAA